AUGAGUGGCGAUGACACGCCCACGACGGCGAGCUCGAGCUCGCGGAGCACCACCCCAGUACAAGAUCCCGCCGAGGAGCUGCGGAGGCAGCGCACCAUCGAGCAGGCCAAGGACGAGGGGCACGACGCCGACAUCCCGUCCAGCACCGGCUACAUCCUGACGAAGGAGACCGAAGAGAAGCGCAAGACGUCCAUAGCCCUGCAGCGACGACACUCGGUAGCUCUCGCCCGCUCUCGAAGCCAGGCAUCUGCCGCGACCCGUGCUGCUGAUGUCGAGAAGACCGCAGGCGCUGCCGACGAUGGCACCGCAGGAGGAGAAGAAGACGACAGCGAAGUCGCCGAGGAGAACAUUGUGUGGUGGGACGGCCCCGACGACCCAGAGAACCCCUACAACUGGCCCAAUUGGCGCAAGUACACCUGCUGCGCCCUCAUCAGCGCCCUGACCUUUGUCACCCCACUGGGUUCCUCGUGCUUCGCGCCAGGUGUGCCCGAGCUGAUGCGCGAGUUCAAGAGCACCAACACGGAGCUCGCCGCCUUUGUAGUCAGCGUGUACGUCCUCGGUUUCGCCUUUGGGCCCAUGUUCAUGGCCCCCAUCUCCGAGAUCUACGGCCGUACCGUGGUCUACCACGUGUGCAACAUCUGCUUCGUCGCCUUCAAUGUGGGCUGCGCGCUUGCGCCUUCGCUCUCCGCGCUGAUUGUUCUGCGCUUCCUCGCCGGCGCCUUUGGCUCGGCGCCCAUGACAAACGGAGGUGGCAGCAUCGCGGAUAUGAUUCACGCGGAGAAGCGCGCGGGUGCCAUGGCCGCCUUCAGCGUCGGUCCCCUCCUUGGCCCGAUCAUCGGCCCCGUCAUCGGUGGUUUCUUGAGUAGCGCCAAGGGCUGGCGAUGGGUGUUCUGGCUCAUCGUCAUGAUCAGCGGCGUCUGCUCUGUUGCGAUGCUUCUUGUCCUGAAGGAGACCUAUGCUCCUGUUAUUCUGGAGCGCAAGGCCGCUCGCCUCCGCAAGGAGACUGGAAAUGACCUGCUUCGGUCCAAGCUCGACGUCGGAUUGUCCCAGAAGGACUACUUCAACCGCAGCAUUAUCCGCCCGAUGCGGAUCCUUGUGACUCCCAUCGCAUUUGUUUUCGCUAUCUACAUGGCGGUCGUGUUUGGCUACAUGUAUCUGCUGUUCACCUCUGUCACCUACGUCUUCCAAAAGUAUUACCAGUUCAGCACCAACAUCGUGGGACUUACCUUCCUCGGCCUUGGCGUCGGUUCAUUCCUCGGAAUGAUCCUAUACACUAUGCAGACCAACCGUUUGAUUGCAAAGCAAGCGUCAGGCGGCAAGAUCAAGCCCGAGCUACGUCUCGCCGCUCUUCCCUACGGCGCAGUCGUUCUUCCUAUCGGCUUCUUCAUCUACGGCUGGACAGCCCAGCACCACACGCAUUGGAUUGCCCCCAUUAUCGGUAUGGGAGUCAUUGGAGUUGGCCAAAUGUCGAUCAUGAUGGCCAUCAUGAUGUAUCUCGUCGAUGCUUACGAGCUGUACGCGGCCUCUGCCCUCGCGGCUAACACCAUCAUCCGUUCCAUCGCCGGCGCGACUCUUCCACUUUGCGGACUCAAGAUGUACGACCAGCUUGGCCUGGGCUGGGGCAAUAGUCUGCUGGGCUUCAUUGCCGUAGGCAUGAUUCCUGCUGCCUUUAUUAUCCUCAAGUACGGCGAGUAUCUGCGGACAAGAUUUGCCAUCCAGGACCUGUGA